UCAUGAGUGAAGCUGAACGUGAUUACCUCCUGAGGAGUCUGGAGAAGAAUAUGGAGAUUCCGCAGGACUGCACAUAUGCUGAUCAGAAAGCAAUAGAUGAUGAGUCAUUGCAGAUGGUGUUUAGUCGGGUGAAAAACCAAAGAAAAGGUGACACACUGAAGCAAUUGGCAAGAAGGGGCAUUGGCUUUCAUCACAGCUCUAUGAGCGCCAAAGAAAAGCAGUUAGUGGAAAUCCUUUUUAGGAAAGGAUUCAUUAGGGUGGUGACAGCUACAGGAACACUCGCUUUAGGAGUCAACAUGCCUUGUAAAUCUGUGGUUUUUGCUCAAACUCAGUCUAUCUGGAUGCUUUAA